AUGAUCCCCACUCCCAUCACCUCGCACCUCAGCGCGGCGGACUUUGAGAACGUGUACGAGCCCGCAGAGGACACCUUCAUCCUCCUCGACGCCCUCGAACAGGAUGCGGAACUGCUCAAGGGUAGCAGGGUCUGCCUCGAGAUCGGGUCUGGGUCCGGCUGCGUCUCCGCUUUCCUCGGCGCAAUCUGCGGUCCUUCUUCCGCUCUCUACCUAACAACCGACCUAAACCCUCACGCCUGCCGCUGCACCCUCCUCACCUCCUCCCGCAACUCCGUCCCGCUCAACCCGAUCCUCACAGACCUGACCUCCGCCCUCCUCCCUCGCCUAACACACCAAGUUGACGUACUGGUCUUCAACCCGCCUUAUGUUGAGACGGAGGACGAGGAGGUGGUUGAGGCGCAGGGUGAGGAGGGGAAGCGGAUUGAGAAGAGCUGGGCUGGGGGUGUGGGCGGGAUGAGGGUUACGAAUCGGGUGUCGGAGCAGGUCGACACCCUCCUCUCCGACCGCGGGCUAUUCUACCUCGUCGCGGUGCCAGAAAACAAACCGCUCGCUAUCAUAGCCGACAUGCAAGCGCGCGGACUCGAGGGAGAGAUCGUCUUAAAACGACGGGCGGGCCGGGAGCACCUGCAUGUUUUGCGCUUCUCGCGACCAGAUCGCACCGGCGCACCUUGA